AUGGCUGCCUCCAUCAUCAAAACUGCCGUUUUUCGGCAAUGUCAAUAUUUGUUAUCUCGACGGACGUUAUUUCACGGACUUCCUCGGGUGUUAAAUAUUGCCCGAUGUUCAACAGAAGGUUCCUCUUCUUCCACGUCUUUGGAUAAAGGCAAUCAUGAAAGAGCUUCCAGAGAUCCAUUACCAAUAUUCUUGGACAAAAAAGUUCAGACAUUACUUGAAAGAAUUACGGGAUUUGACUUAGCUAAAAUUUUUAGACCAAAAAAAGUUCCAUUGCAAAAACCAAGAUACAAAUUGCUGACCACAGAACAACUUGAAAAGGAACAAGCGGCAGCAAUUGAGAAGGGCAAAGCUAAAUUGCAGAUGCCUCCCGUGAUGAAGGCUUCCCAGCUGAAGCCAGAUUUGAUCUCUGAUAAUCCCAAUUUGGAUCAGUUAAAUAAAUGUAAAUUUGUUUUUACUGAUAUCUCCUUGGACAUUCCUCACAAGAAAAGGUUAAUUGUUGUCCGAGAACCUGAUGGAAAAUUACGCCAUGCUUCCUUGAAUGAAAGAUGCAGAUUUCUACAGAUUUAUUUUCCAAUGGAAGGAAGGAAAGUGUUUGCCCCAAAAAUGUUUGAAGAAGAAUUUUUAGAGAAAUUACUUGAAAAAGGGUCCUACAAAUAUAUCCUUGAUCGUGCUUGUAUCCAGUUUGAACCUGACCACCCAGAUUAUAUUCGGGUAACACAUCGAACUUAUGAACAUAUAAGACAAAAAAAUGCCUUUGAUAUCCUUCGUUCAACUCGCCAUUUUGGACCAAUGACAUUUUACUAUGUUUGGUACAAGAAUGCUGAAAACUUAUUGGUAGAAAUGAUCCAACGAGAACAAAUUUCAGAUGCUGCUGAUGUUGUCCAUUUACAUAACAUCAUCUAUCCUGACAGCAAGUGUGCACUUAAAUGUGCAGAUAUCAAUAAUCAUCUGGAAUUGGUUAAAGUCUUUUGUAGCACUGAAUGCAGCCAGAAAGAUUAUCUGGAAUUGGCCCUGCAAUCAUAUGAAGACAGCCUUAAUCUGAAGCAAUUGCAAGUUUCCAGUUCCAGCUGA